AUGAUCGGUCGCAACACUGAAGAGGAUAACUUCCAUUCGCUCGUGCAGGAGAUCAACAAGGUGCUCGGCCCCAGCAACGGCAUAGACUCGGAUGACGUAGACGAGAAUGAGCUGCAAGAAUUGAUGAAAGCAUACACCUCGGAAGAGUCGGAGUGGAAGAAAUACUACUUUCCAUCUGAGACAUUACCAUACACACGGAAUGUUGUCGACAAAGGCAACGGCAAGAGUAACUUGGUACAGUCCCCGAUUCUCGAGUCAACGAAGGUGGUGCUAAUUAAACAGCUUAUCCUAGUAUGGGGUCCUGGAAAGAAGAGCCCGAUUCACGACCACGCGAACGCACACUGCAUCAUGAAAGUCCUCAAAGGCAGCCUGACAGAAACCCGUUUCGCAACCCCCACCGAAGACGACGCACAAAACGAGCGGCCCAUGACGAAGACCCAGGAGACUACUUUCGCUGAGAACGAAGUAACAUACAUGGCUGACACGCUCGGUGUGCACCUGUACACUCCACCCAACGCCGCAACAUACGGCUGCAACGUCUUCAAAGAAGACACAUCCGGCGUCGUUCACAACACGACGUGCCAUUUCUACUCCGAGUACGGCGUCCGAACGGGGAGGAAGUAG